CAUUCAAGGAAGACAAGAAGGGGCGGGGUAAAAAAGAAGCACCCGGCUCGGGUCGAAAGUCUUUUCCCACUCUCCUCAGCUUCUUCUUUUCCCCAGAGCAGCCUGUGCCUCGUCCUGUGCCCACGUCCUCCUCCCGUCGCUCGUUCUCAUCCCUUGUUAAGGCACCUGGGCAGAAGGCGGAGAACCUCCUCACUCACCCCUCCCCUCCGCUCACCUGGCCCAUGUACCGGGGAGAAGGAGCGGCUGUCUGCAUAGCGGGGGUGUGGGAGCUGAAUCACAGCCAGCCGCUAGGUGACUCAGAUUCUAGCCAUCCUCUCUGUCUGCUCCGGACUUUCCUGGGGGCUGGUACUAUAAAAGUUCCAACCCAGUUCCUUAGCCGACUUUUUUCACUCGCUCAGUCACACACACACACUCUCACUUAUCUUCCCGCUUCAGCAGCCAAACGGUUUUUGCCUGAGUUUCUCUCUUUCCACCAGACUGUCUUUGCGCCUUAUCGCUAAGUGGGAUGGCCAGCGCGACGUAUAGCGGAGCGCUGCUUUUAUGCACGCUGCUUUUCCUGGUUCACCUCAGUUCGGGCAACUCUGAAGUUUUGACAGCAGUUAACAUUACUUGGUCAUCCAUCAAUUUUAAGACAAUACUACAAUGGGAGCCCAAGCCAGUCAAUUAUGCUUAUACAGUUGAAAUAGAUGGGAACCGAUUAAUUCGGAAGAAAACGUGCGUUCACACUACAGCAACAGAAUGUGAUGUUACAAACCUGCUGAAGGACGUAAAAGAUACUUAUACUGCUCGUGUAUAUUCUGUAGUGCCAAAUAGGGAUGUUGAUGAUUUUGAUACCCCGUCUUAUGAAGUCUCUCCAGAGUUCAUACCUUACACCCAAACUGAGAUUGGAAUGCCAACAAUCAAAACUUUUGAACAAAAAGAGAAAACUUUGAAAGUGGAGAUAGAGGAUCCACUAACUCCUUACAGAUUUAAUGGAAGCUUCCAAAGUAUUAGGGACAUUUUCAAACAUGAUCUAGAAUACACACUGUACUAUUGGAAAGAUCAGAGUACAGGAAAGAAAUGGGCAAAUACGAAAAGCAACCAGUUUGAAAUUAGUAUCGACCAAGGGAAGAGCUACUGCUUCUAUGUCCAGGCAACUAUUCCAUCACGCUUAAACAACCGUAGCAGUCAAAAGAGCAAUGAAAAAUGUACUAGUGUUAAAAGGGAGGAGCUGGAUGGUCUUGAAUUAGAAGCAAUUCUUAUAAUAAUAGCUGUUGCGGCUGGAGUCCUCACUCUAAUUAUUAUUUUUUCUGUGGUUGUGUAUAAAUGCACAAGAUCAAAAGCUGCACCAACAAAAAAAGAGAGCAUGCCUCUGAAUGCAUAAGGAGGGGAAAUAAUAAAGACAAAUCUGCAUCAUUGCUGCAAGUUCCGUAAGAAAUUCACCUCCUACCUGUGGAAGCAAUGACCACUGACAUUUGCUGUUUCUGUGAAACAUUUAUAGUUAAAACACUAAUUUAAAAACCUGUUUUAGACUGUCAGUAACAACUGUGAGAACUGUUUUAAAAUGUGUUAGCUGACAGAUAUGGUGAAAAUACUACUGCUUCUUUUGCACUUUGGGUAUAUCUUUAGAUCAGAGCUUCUGGGUACAUUUGUUGGUACGGGUUAUAAAAUGCUGUAAGGAAGGGCUUCUACAGUCUGACAGACUUCAUACAAGGUGUUAUGGUGUGAAUCAAUAUAAAACAUUACAAUAAGCCAGAUCAAGGUACGUGCUAUCAACUCUGAGAAAGCUUUCUAACUGAUUUUGGAAACUUCAAAGUUAAUAACUUACGUUAUCGGCAUCCACCUUGAAUUAACAGGUAUCCUGUACAUAUUUAGUUAUGUGUCAGGAUUUAGCACUUUAAAUUUAUACUGAUGAUUAACUGCUGGACAGAGACAAACUUAACUAUUUAAAUGGCUUAUGCCUGUAAAUAUAGAUGAUGGAACUGAGAUUACUCAUCUUACUACAAUCAAUGUUAAUAUAUUUAUGAUUUUUAUAAAUGGGUGUUUAUAUUUGUAUAUAUUGUACUAACUUAUAUGUAAUUUUUUCAGAAAUAAAGGUAAAUG